AGAGGGGGCGCUGCAGUUUCCAGCAGCCGCUUCCUAGCGCGGUGCCUGUUGGGAGCGUCACACAGUGAUUUAUCGGAAAGCAGGAAACGGGAGAUAACAACACAGAGAGGGAGAGAGGGAGAGAGGUAGACUGGAGAGACUGCUAGAUUGGUAGAUUGAAACCGGGAUUUGCUGGGAUAUAAAUCUCAUAUACCAACGCGGGUACUGAAUAUAUAUUGCCCCUAAGUGUCCCGGGAACUGAGGAGUUGGGGCUCAAUUACUCCCAAUUGAGGAUAAAUUGGGUUUUAAAAGGGAGUUUAACGCCCCCCACCGCUACCCCCAGCCCCCCGCCACCGGGGUUCUCUUAGUUGGAUUAGACUGAGUCUGCUGUUCUUUUUGGGCUGGUGACGCGGCUAAACCAGGAGCUCCUCAACAAAACAGAGGCAAAGAAGAGGAAAUAACAAUGUGAUGUUUUCUUUUUUGCGUUCCUGGUGAUUCCCAGGCACUACAAACUGGAUUAUAAAGCAUUUAGGACUUUAUAUUUUUGGGUUCAAACUAAAGCCGAAGAUAAAAUCCCAGGAUUCCCUGUAUAUGAUUACAUAUAUUUUACAUCUGUUAUCCAUAUGCGUCCAUUAUUACACCGUUGGUGUUUAUUUAAAUGUUGUUAUGAUUGAUUGUGAUGUAUAUAUUAUAUACCUUUAUUAAGCUAACACAAACGUUGGAUUUUUUUUUUUUUUUUUUUUUUUUGGAUAAAGUAAGAUUCACCAGAACGGGACGGAUAACAGACCCAUUGUCGUGGGCCUUUGAAUUUUUGGUUCAUUUUUAUUUUUCUGUUUCUGAUUUUAAUGGAUUUAUUCUUCGAUUGCGUGGAGGACACCUGACGACAGUUUAAGUUAAAGGCUGUUUUCCGUUAUUUUUGAAGCUGCUAAAAUAAAACCACGGGGAUUAAAACAAGACAAAUCAGGAGGGGAGAAAGUGGAACUGACAAAGGCAUUUCAGCCCUUUUGGCAAGAUGAUGUGCGAGGUGAUGCCAACGAUCAGUGAGGCUGAGAUUCCAUCAGGCGGAGGUGGGGGCGGGGGGUCGGGCUCUCCCCUCCAGUCGGACUCUGAUGGUCAUUUUGAGUCGCUGAUGGUGUCAAUGUUGGAGGAGCGGGACCGGCUCCUAGACACGCUGAGGGAGACCCAGGAUACCCUAGGCCUGACCCAGGGAAAGCUGCAUGAGGUCAGCUAUGAGAGGGAUUCACUACAGAGACAGCUCAACACUGCACUUCCACAGGAGUUUGCUGCACUUACUAAAGAACUUAAUAUAUGCAGAGAGCACCUUCUAGAACGAGAAGAAGAAAUUUCUGAAUUAAAGGCUGAACGAAAUAACACACGGCUGCUUUUAGAGCACUUGGAAUGCCUUGUCUCGAGGCACGAGCGCUCUCUCAGAAUGACAGUAGUGAAGAGACAAGCACAAUCUCCAGCAGGGGUGUCCAGUGAAGUGGAAGUCCUCAAAGCACUGAAGUCUUUAUUCGAGCACCACAAAGCUUUAGAUGAAAAGGUAAGGGAACGGUUACGAGUUGCAUUGGAACGAUGCAGUGCAUUGGAAGAACAGCUAACCUGUUCUCAUAAAGAGCUGGCUAUUUUGAGAGAGCAGAAUAGCCAAAAGAAAGCAUUGAUUAACAAUGGCACAGUGGAAAUGAACCACGACUCGGAAAACGCACCGAGCACAAAUGGAAAGAGGUCAUCAGAUGGGUCUCUUAAUCAUGAAGAAGAUCUAGCAAAAGUAAUGGAGCUUCAGGAGAUCAUCGACAGACAGACCAAGGAUCUGGGUCAGAUGAAGGAGCGAUUAGCUGCACUUUCAAGCCGAGUAACUGAACUGGAAGAAGAUCUCGAUACGGCACGCAAAGAUCUUAUCAAGUCUGAGGAAAUGAACACUAAGUAUCAGAGAGACAUUCGGGAGGCCAUGGCCCAAAAGGAGGAUAUGGAAGAGAGAAUAACAACCCUUGAAAAACGCUACCUCGCUGCACAACGUGAAUCCACAUCUGUACAUGAAUUCAAUGAUAAACUUGAAAAUGAAAUUGCAAACAAAGAAUCAAUGUUUAGACAGAGUGAAGAGAAGAACCGGCAAAUACAGGAGAGGUUGGAACUGGCUGAACAGAAGUUACAGCAAACACUAAGGAAAGCAGAGACCCUUCCAGAGGUGGAAGCAGAGCUAGCACAGAGAGUGGCAGCACUUACCAAGGCUGAAGAGAGACAUGGAAACAUUGAGGAGCGCUUACGGCAGAUGGAAGCACAUCUGGAGGAGAAGAACCAAGAACUACAGAGAGCUCGACAGAGGGAGAAGAUGAAUGAAGAACACAAUAAACGAUUAUCGGAGACGGUGGACAAAUUGCUUUCUGAGUCAAAUGAAAGAUUGCAGCUUCAUCUGAAGGAGAGAAUGUCUGCUUUAGAAGAUAAGAAUGCUCUCAUUCGUGAUCUGGAGAACACAAAGAAACUCAUUGAAGAAGCACAUCAUGAGAAGGAGCAACUUCUAAUUGAAAUAGAAACUAUGAGGACUGAAAAUGAGCAGGCAAGGUUGAGAAGCACUUCUUCACUGCAUCAUGGCCGCGCCCAUCUGGGCAGCACCCCUGAUUUUAGAUAUCCUGUAUCGGCUUCCUCUAUGAUGGACAGUCAUACAGACCACUUCAACACAUCAGUGUUGCGACGCCCGCAAAAAGGCCGUAUGGCAGCCCUUCGAGACGAGCCCUCAAAGGUGCAGACGCUCAACGAGCAGGAGUGGGAGAGAGUGCAGCAAGCCAACGUCUUGGCUAACGUGGCCCAGGCGUUUGAGAGUGAUGUGGAUGUGUCUGACGUAGAGGAUGACAGAGAGACUGUUUUCAGUUCUGUUGAUCUGCUGUCCCCGAGCGGUCAGGCUGAUGCCCAAACUCUGGCUAUGAUGCUUCAGGAGCAAUUGGAUGCUAUCAACAAUGAAAUUAGGAUGAUUCAGGAAGAGAAGGAGACGACAGUCCAGCGGGCUGAGGAGAUUGAAAACCGAGUGGGAAGUGGGAGUUUAGAAAAUCUUGGCAGCAAAUUCAGAUCCAUGAGCUCCAUUCCUCCCUCUUUCACUGGCUCCUCCCUGGCAGGUUCCUCCCCCCCCGGCAGUGGGCACUCUACCCCUCGCCGCGUACCGCGCAGUCCUGCCCGCGAGGUAGACCGCCUCGGUAGCAUGACUUUGCCCUCAUCCUACGAUAGAUUUGUAAUCCAGACCUCAGUUCCCCAUCAGACUGUAGUUUAUUCAUCCAACACUUCUCCUAAUUCGCCCCCAUCAUAUAGUGAUUCAUCACGCAGCUCUCAGUCCCCAGUAUCACAAGAUGACAAAGCUACAAUAAAAUGCGAGACCUCUCCUCCAUCAACACCCAGGUCUAUGCGUUUACACAAGGGACCCACCCACGCAGCCAGCCAUGAAGAUAUCAGGGAUAUAAGAAGUUCCACUGGUUCCCAGGACAGCCAAGGCAGUAACCCUAGCAGCAGCAACAGCAGCCAAGAUUCUCUGAAUAAAGCCCCCAAAAAGAAGAGCAUCAAAUCUUCCAUUGGCCGACUGUUUGGCAAAAAAGAAAAGGGUCGGCCUGGACUUCCUGGCAAAGAACCUAUGGGCCAAUCAGGUACUCCAGAUGGGGAUACUUCUCCUCAAGAUGCCUUAGGACUUAGUAAACUGGGAGGACAAGUGGAAAAAAAUAGAAAAUUACAGAAAAAGCAUGAGCUACUAGAGGAGGCCCGCAGGCAAGGUUUACCAUUUGCACACUGGGAUGGUCCGACAGUGGUUGUGUGGUUGGAGCUCUGGGUUGGGAUGCCAGCCUGGUACGUGGCAGCUUGCAGAGCCAAUGUGAAAAGCGGUGCUAUUAUGUCAGCUUUGUCUGACACUGAAAUACAGCGGGAGAUUGGAAUUAGCAAUCCUCUGCACAGGUUAAAGCUACGUCUGGCUAUUCAGGAGAUCAUGUCUUUAACAAGCCCGUCUGCACCGCCAACCUCCAGAACGUCCACUGGGAAUGUGUGGCUUACGCACGAAGAAAUGGAAAACCUUGCUGCCACACCUCAAACGGAGGAUGAGGAGGGCAGCUGGGCCCAGACACUGGCCUAUGGUGAUAUGAACCAUGAGUGGAUUGGUAACGAAUGGCUCCCAAGUUUGGGGCUGCCUCAGUAUCGAAGCUACUUCAUGGAAUGCCUUGUUGAUGCUCGAAUGCUGGACCAUUUGACAAAGAAGGACUUACGGGGGCAACUUAAAAUGGUUGAUAGCUUUCACAGAAACAGUUUCCAGUGCGGUAUAAUGUGUCUACGAAGGCUGAAUUAUGAUAGACAAGAACUUGAAAGGAAAAGAGAAGAAUGCCAAGUUAAAGUUCAAGAUGUUCUAGUAUGGAGCAAUGACAGAGUGAUUCACUGGGUGCAGUCCAUCGGUCUCAAGGAAUAUGCAAAUAACCUGGUGGAAAGUGGAGUCCACGGCGCGCUUCUUGCCUUAGAUGAAACCUUUGAUCACAAUGCAUUAGCGCUUUUAUUACAGAUACCGACCCAAAAUACGCAGGCAAGGGCAGUUCUAGAAAGAGAAUAUAAUAAUCUUCUUGCUCUGGGUACUGAAAGAAGACUUGAUGAGGAUGACGAUAAGAACUUCAGGAGAGCUCCCUCCUGGAGGAAGAAGUUUCGACCAAAAGACAUUCGGGGGAUGGGUCCUGGGUCAGCAGAAACUCUUCCUGCAAACUUCAGGGUUACCACCGCAAUGUCUUCACCUUCUAUGCAGCCAAAGAAAAUGCAGAUGGAUGGCAAGGUAACAGGAGCGCAAAGAAUGGAUUCUACGACAGUAAGGACCUACUCAUGUUAAUGCCUUCUCUUGCCCAAUUAUUUUUUUAUUUCAACUAGGCACACAGCUGCCACCCCCAAGCUGACUCGGGAGAGAUGAAGACAGACACUCGUCCUCCGAAACAUGUGCCGUCAGCCAUCCGCUUCUUUUCACUCUGCAGGUCCGCCAUGCAGUCACCUCAGAGCUACAACGUCAGGACCAUGCAGUUCUGGGCAACUUACAAGCAGGCUCGCAGGCACCCAGCCAGUUUAGUCGUUGGUUGUGCGGUGAGCCGAGGACACCCUGACCGACCUAAGCCCUCCCCACCCGGGCGGCGUUUGGCCAAUUGUGUGCUGCCCCCUGGGAACUCCCGUCCACUGUCCGCAGUGGAAUAGCCUGGAUCGAACCGGUAAUCUCCAGGCUAUAGGACGCAUCCUGCACUCCACGCGGAGUACCUUUACCGGAUGCGCCACUCGGGAGUUCUUGAUCUGUGUUUUUGUUCACAUUUUCUGUGAUUUUGUUUGAUAUCUGCUGUUUAAAAUAUUUGAUUAAAUUCAUUAGACCUGAGUUGUGUUUCUUUUGUGUGUGUGUGUGUGUGUUAUAUAUAUAUAUAUAUAUAUAUAUAUAUAUAUAUAUAUAUAUAUAUAUAUAUAUAUAUAUAUAUAUAUAUGGUCCUGUUGUGUCUACUAGAAACAUUUGUCAGCUAUUAUUUUUUAUUUUUUUUAAUUAUUCUGGUGGAAUAAGUGAAGGGAAAAUCUAAUUGCAAGAAGAACCUACAGUAAAAACAAUGUAUUGUAGGUGUAAAAAGGCAAAGACUGAGCAUGAACCGCAAGCGAGCAUCUUAACCACAGUGCAAAAGAGCCAGACUCGUGUGCUUUCAUGGUUAGAGAGCUUUUAACAUCAUCUCACCAGUCAGGUACUAGCAGUGCAUCACACAACACUGGCUAACCUAAUUCUUUUUUUCUUCCUUAUUUCAGUUUACCCCCACUAUUUCUAUAGAUGAUUAUGCAGCAUUAAAUCAAGAAGAUGACUUUUCAGAAAUCAAGACGGGAUCUCUGAUGUAAUGAUACUACUUAUAAGGACACUAUAAUAUUUUAUUACAGAGUUUAAUUUGUGAAUUCACAAAUCUCAUGAUAUCCUAGAGAAAAUAUUUUAGAUUAAAUGUUUCUUAUAUUUAUGUAAACUGAUGGGAUAUUUCAUUUAUUUAGAUCUAAUAUGUAUCUGUUUGCCUGUAUUCAACAUGCCUUUUUUUUUUUUUUAAUUAAUAAUUUUUUUAAAUAACAUUUUUUAAAUGUGCUUGUAUUUUCACUCUUGCCCAUUUUCAAAUGCAAUUUUUCCAUAUGUAAUUGAAUGUACCACAAGUCCAGAGUCUGUGUAUAUGUACAUAUGUUACCCUGUCUCAUAAUCCUGUUAACACUAAAUGAAUGCUAUAUAAGCAUCCAGUUCAAGUGAGAUUGACUUAAACUACUCGGUUGGUCAAGUUUUUCAUAAUUCUGCAAUAUAUUUAUGUAUUAUGCAGGUCAAGAUAAUUUCAUUUUCAUACAGAAAAUCAUUUGUCAAUGUUUUUUUUUGUGUGUGGGUUUUAAAUCUUCAUGUCAGAUUCCACACAAAUUUUGUAUAUAUAUAUAUAUAUAUAUAUAUAUAUAUAUAUAUAUAUAUAUAUAUAUGGAAAACAUGAAACUACUAUCAGCAAGACUAAACCCAUGAAUGUGUUUUAACUUUGUAAAUCUUUCACUGUGAUACCAAAAUGUACCCUCUAAAAGCCAUACAAGGAGUUUAUUGUGAAGAAGAGAAACACAGUCAUGUGGUGCAUUGUUUGGCAAAAAAGCCCCUUCAAGAAGUAAUUUUCUACAAACCAGAGAGUCUAAAAGUUUCCAUUCCUGUCUCCUCUUCAUUAAAGACGUGUUAAAAGGAGUUGAUGCAACUGUUCUUUUUUUAAAGGACCAAUUCCAGAUCACUGUGGCCUCGCUUCAAACGGGAAGUUUGUCACAGGAGGCACAAUUUGUAUAACGUCUUUUAAUCAAGCCUUGUUUUAAUUUGAAUUCUGUCUGCCAUGUUUUGUUUUUAAUAAUUGCCAUUUUUGUAAGAACGUAUUAUGGCUCAAGUGUUUCUGAAUGUGUGUUCAAUUAUCUAGCAAUGCCAGGCUUCUCAGUAUUUAUACAUUCUAAUAAUGUUGGGGAAAUUCAACAACAAAACACAUUUCCAUUAAAACUCCUGGUCUGUUUUUAUUCUGUACUGACAAAUGUGUAUUGUCCAUUUAUUCCUUGUGAUUAAUUAUGUGUGUGUGUCUAUCUAUCUAUAAAAAAUUACACACACACAACUUGAAUUAUGUAUUCUUGUCAUACCUUUUAAUGUAUUCAGUUCCUUCUUUUAAACUCCUGGUCUUGUAACAAAUUAUGUACAGUCUGAGUACUUUUGAACUAUUUUUAUCACAGUAUUAUUUAUUGCUUUCUUUCAAUAAAAUACUGAAAUUUAUUUUCCACUGCCAAUAAAGGAAACAAAAAAAAGACUGAAGGUCUAUGUUAAAGUGCUUAUUCUAUUGCAAGAGCUGUAUGAACUACAUCUACUGAAAUGCAGGAGAACAGUUUAAACUGUGUGUGUUUUUAUUUUAUUUUAAACCUUAAAUACUGGUAAUAAAAAGGAGGCAAUGACUUAAGAAUCCCCUUAUCAACUAAAUCCUAAAGUGUGUUUUGCAGAAUGCCUCAACUCUUUUUCAUAUCAUUAUCUAUUCUAAGCACAAUCUAAUGUGCUUGCCAUCAAAUUAACAGUCUGAGAUAUGCAGGAUUUAGUAGUGUGGUCACAAAACGUUUUCAAAUGUUCCAGUAACGUUUAUAAUUGUAUUCGGUAUUCAUUGCUGUGCUGAUAAAAUAAAGAUGUGUGAAAAGUAUCGCUGUACUUCUGGACAGUAUAAGCAAUCUGUUAACAUGGCCAGAUAAAGCAGAGUACAUAUAAGGCUACACUAUGUAUUAUAUUGUAAACUUGAUUGUGGGGCAUUUUAUAUUUCAGCAGCCUAAAAAAAAUUUAACUUGGUAGGGUACUUUACAUACAUCUUAUGAAAGAUUGGCAGGAGCAGCUCUGACCGGCAUACACCCGUGCUGGAUAUUGCUGGAAUAUCCAUCGGUAAAUAAUAACUUUUAAGCAAGAAAACUAUAUAACUGGAAUGUCAGGCUUGUUAUUUGUAUUCAGUCUGUGUGUACAACGUUAUGUGGCGUCGAUCAGGAUGUAAAUGUGUCCGCACGGCUAAAAUGACGGGCAAACUCAGCAUGGACUGCCAUUGCCACGCAGUUAGUGCGUCAGGCUCCUACCCAGAUUCCUGCUGCAGCUCCCAGGUGGUGCUGCUGAGUUCAUAACAGGAAGUAAGGAUUUGGGAGAGCCGGAACAGCACAGGGAACUGCAGGGAUACAACUGAGACGAAUGGUGCAGGGGCUGGAAAUAUAUUUUAUUAUCUAUAUAUAUAUGGUCCUGUUGUGUCUACUAGAAACAUUUGUCAGCUAUUAUUUUUUAUUUUUUUUAAUUAUUCUGGUGGAAUAAGUGAAGGGAAAAUCUAAUUGCAAGAAGAACCUACAGUAAAAACAAUGUAUUGUAGGUGUAAAAAGGCAAAGACUGAGCAUGAACCGCAAGCGAGCAUCUUAACCACAGUGCAAAAGAGCCAGACUCGUGUGCUUUCAUGGUUAGAGAGCUUUUAACAUCAUCUCACCAGUCAGGUACUAGCAGUGCAUCACACAACACUGGCUAACCUAAUUCUUUUUUUCUUCCUUAUUUCAGUUUACCCCCACUAUUUCUAUAGAUGAUUAUGCAGCAUUAAAUCAAGAAGAUGACUUUUCAGAAAUCAAGACGGGAUCUCUGAUGUAAUGAUACUACUUAUAAGGACACUAUAAUAUUUUAUUACAGAGUUUAAUUUGUGAAUUCACAAAUCUCAUGAUAUCCUAGAGAAAAUAUUUUAGAUUAAAUGUUUCUUAUAUUUAUGUAAACUGAUGGGAUAUUUCAUUUAUUUAGAUCUAAUAUGUAUCUGUUUGCCUGUAUUCAACAUGCCUUUUUUUUUUUUUAAUUAAUAAUUUUUUUAAAUAACAUUUUUUAAAUGUGCUUGUAUUUUCACUCUUGCCCAUUUUCAAAUGCAAUUUUUCCAUAUGUAAUUGAAUGUACCACAAGUCCAGAGUCUGUGUAUAUGUACAUAUGUUACCCUGUCUCAUAAUCCUGUUAACACUAAAUGAAUGCUAUAUAAGCAUCCAGUUCAAGUGAGAUUGACUUAAACUACUCGGUUGGUCAAGUUUUUCAUAAUUCUGCAAUAUAUUUAUGUAUUAUGCAGGUCAAGAUAAUUUCAUUUUCAUACAGAAAAUCAUUUGUCAAUGUUUUUUUUUGUGUGUGGGUUUUAAAUCUUCAUGUCAGAUUCCACACAAAUUUUGUAUAUAUAUAUAUAUAUAUAUAUAUAUAUAUAUAUAUAUAUAUAUAUAUAUAUAUAUGGAAAACAUGAAACUACUAUCAGCAAGACUAAACCCAUGAAUGUGUUUUAACUUUGUAAAUCUUUCACUGUGAUACCAAAAUGUACCCUCUAAAAGCCAUACAAGGAGUUUAUUGUGAAGAAGAGAAACACAGUCAUGUGGUGCAUUGUUUGGCAAAAAAGCCCCUUCAAGAAGUAAUUUUCUACAAACCAGAGAGUCUAAAAGUUUCCAUUCCUGUCUCCUCUUCAUUAAAGACGUGUUAAAAGGAGUUGAUGCAACUGUUCUUUUUUUAAAGGACCAAUUCCAGAUCACUGUGGCCUCGCUUCAAACGGGAAGUUUGUCACAGGAGGCACAAUUUGUAUAACGUCUUUUAAUCAAGCCUUGUUUUAAUUUGAAUUCUGUCUGCCAUGUUUUGUUUUUAAUAAUUGCCAUUUUUGUAAGAACGUAUUAUGGCUCAAGUGUUUCUGAAUGUGUGUUCAAUUAUCUAGCAAUGCCAGGCUUCUCAGUAUUUAUACAUUCUAAUAAUGUUGGGGAAAUUCAACAACAAAACACAUUUCCAUUAAAACUCCUGGUCUGUUUUUAUUCUGUACUGACAAAUGUGUAUUGUCCAUUUAUUCCUUGUGAUUAAUUAUGUGUGUGUGUCUAUCUAUCUAUAAAAAAUUACACACACACAACUUGAAUUAUGUAUUCUUGUCAUACCUUUUAAUGUAUUCAGUUCCUUCUUUUAAACUCCUGGUCUUGUAACAAAUUAUGUACAGUCUGAGUACUUUUGAACUAUUUUUAUCACAGUAUUAUUUAUUGCUUUCUUUCAAUAAAAUACUGAAAUUUAUUUUCCACUGCCAAUAAAGGAAACAAAAAAAAGAC